AUGGAUUAUGACUAAGAUUUGGCUACUUUAGCCUUAUAGCAACUAGAAAAUAUGGAGUAAUAUGGUAAUUAAAGCAGUUUAUAAUACAGCUUUUCGAAUCAAAUUGCUCAAGAUCAUUCUAAUGGGAAUAGUAACUAAUAACAGAGAUCAGUUGAUUGGUAAUAAGACAUUCAAGCUAAUAAUAAUUACCGAGAUGAAGAUAAUUAUAACUACAGCCAUAGUAAUGCUGGAUAAAGUAAUUUGAAUAUUUUUGGAGAGGUUCAAAGUGACUAGCCCUACGAUUAUUAGUAUAAUUAAUCUUAUGAAAAAUAAGAAUAGAAUAUGCAAAUAGAUUAAGUAAUGGACGGCUAGUAUAAAGUACCCUAUAAUCAGAAUUAUGAGUAAAUUGAGGAUCAAAAUUAGAACUAGUUUUCUGUAAGCAAUAAUGCUUUUACAAAUGGUCACGACUAAGUUAUAAAAGAUCUGAAUGCUUAAAAUUUUGACGAGUAAGUUGAACUGGCUAAGAUAGCACUUCAGCAAGUAAAACAAGGCAAUUUUCAAGAUCAAUAGUUAUAGUUGCAGUAUUUACAAAAUCAACCACCAUCUCGUAAAAUAUCAAAAGAUGAGUACAAAGUGCUAUAGAUUUUUCUGAGCAAGCUGUAAUCUGCAUAAGAUGUUGACUUAUAUUCAUAAUAGAUGCAAAAGAUAUUUGUUCAGCAGCUGACUACAAAGCAGAGACAACUCUCUGAAAACCUAUAUCACUUCUUUAAAGACUAAAUUGAAAUUCUUUACUCGCAAAUUGAAAUAUAAGAGUGGUCUGGAGACAACAUAGUAUAAGAAUAAGAAACUGUGGUUAGAGGCUCCUUGGUAGAAAUCUUUUAAAACCUGUAGAGGGGUGAUGAACAUCAAGCAAGAUAGAAACUAAGUCAGUUAAAUGACUAUCUAAGCACAAGACAAAAAGGGAUUGAGUCUUUACUUGAUGACGUGUAUCUGAAGAUGAGAAAUGCAUUGGAAUACUCAAUUCAGAGUAUGUAAAAGUAGAUUAUUUUAGAGGACACGAUUCAUCAGUUUUUCAUGCAAAAGGAAAAAGAAAAACUUUAACUUCAAAAUGAAGCCAUUGAGAAGCAGAAAAUGUAUAAGAGUGCUCUUGAAACGAAUGGACAACCUGAUGGGGUAUAGCAUCUGUUUUAUAAUGUCAAGAGAACAAACUCAAAAUCAGCCAUGAGGAAGGUAAACUACAUGACUAAACUCGAAAAUCCUUCUGAGUUUGGAGCACCUAACUUAGACAAUAUCAAAUGCGAAAACGGCACACCAACAGGUGGCGGUAAUUACUCGAGAGAACAGAUAAAGCUUAUUAAGAGGGAGGAUGACUUGAAAAAGACCUUUAAUCUGACCUCCUAGGAAAUGGAGUGCUUUAGCAAUUUUGAGCAAGCAGAGAAUUUCAUAAAGCAAAGGAUCCUUAAUAACUCAGACUUUAUUGUUUUAACCAGUACGUUCAAGAAGGUGCAAUAGAUUUUCGUGCUUAAGAAAUACAAUGGCAAGCCAAAGGUCCAUGAAGUGCACUUGAUAAAUCAGGAGUCAGUGAUACAGCUACAUUUCACUUGCAUUGCCCCCUGCUAUCUCAUGAUAACUAUGGCUUUAUAUGUGACUACUGUUAGACUUAGAGUGAUACUGAUAAAUUGCUAGAAUGGUGAGAUCCUUAUGAAAAAGGACUUGGUGAGUCCGAACCCAUCUCAAUUCAAGACUUACUAUAACGACCCUUACUUUUGCAUUCUCUACGGAAGAGCUAAGUUAUUGCUGAUAGAUGUUAGCAAAGCAAUACUAGGAUAGCAACUUGAUUUCCAGGAGAUACAGACUUGCUUGAACUUCAAAUCAAACUACAAGAUUCAAAUUUAGCCAUUGAUGGGUCGAGGACCCUCUGAUCUAUUGGGAUUUCACUAUAGCUCUUAAGGCAGAAUGAAUGAGAUAUAUCAAUUUGGAAUGCAAACAGUUUAAGAUCCAGUUUAGCUAAAGUCUUGGAGAGCACAAAAUGAUUCGGCUGUUGAUAGAUAGAUUAACGAGACUGGCAAAUUGAUGGUAAUGAAUAUGAAGAAAACUGACAUAAAGGAGAAUGAAAUUCCCAAUAAGACUUAUAAUUAUGGAACCAUAGCCCUCGGCCCAGACAAAAUACUUAUAAUUGGAGGCAUAAGCGAACAGCAAGGGACAUCAAGAGAUUAAUGCUAUGUAUAUGAUUUGAAGACUAAGUGCAUAGACAAAUGUGCUGAGCUAUUUUUGAAAAUGAAGGAUGCUUUUGCCAAUGACAAUUACUCUUAUUUUGAAGAUGAGUAGCAGUAUGUAGUGGCUGGAAGAUUUUACGUGCAUUGCCUGAACAAAGCCCUGUUUUAGUGGGAGACUGUAGAUGCUUACCUUAGUGAGGCCAUCCCAGUUUGA